GAAAGUAACUAUGUUGCUGCUGGAGAUCAAUGAAGCCUAGUGAAUGAGGGCUGAAUGUGCGAAUCCCUUGCUGAAGCGGAGCGCCAGAUGGUGGAGGGUUACACUUAUUUAUGAAACUGUCUUGAGUUCUUCUUGAAUUGCCAGUUUUCAGCCUCCUCAUGCCUCCGUCUCCUUUAGACGACAGGGUAGUGGUGGCACUGUCUAGGCCCGUUCGACCUCAGGAUCUCAACCUUUGUUUAGACUCUAGCUACCUUGGCUCUGCCACCCCCGGCAGUACCAGCCACCCUCCUGUCAUCGCCAACACCGUUGUGUCCCUAAAGGCGGCGAAUCUGACGUAUAUGCCCUCAUCCAGCGGCUCUGCCCGCUCCCUGAAUUGUGGGUGCAGCAGUGCCAGUUGCUGCACUGUGGCAGCCUACGACAAGGACACUCAGGCCCCGACCCAGGCCACUGCCGCUGGCACCGUCGCCACCGCCGUCGGGAGCUCUGCCGCCUGUCCUGCCAGCCAGAUGGUCAACAGCAGUGAGAAUGCAGGCUCUCUAAGUCCAUCAGGUGGGGUGGGCAGCCCUGUGGCAGGGACCCCCAAACAGCUAGCCAGCAUCAAAAUAAUCUACCCCAAUGACUUGGCCAAGAAGAUGACCAAAUGCAGCAAGAGUCACCUGCCGAGCCAGGGCCCUGUCAUCAUUGACUGCCGGCCCUUCAUGGAGUACAACAAGAGUCACAUCCAAGGAGCUGUCCACAUUAACUGUGCCGAUAAGAUCAGCCGGCGGAGACUGCAGCAGGGCAAGAUCACUGUCUUAGACUUGAUUUCCUGUAGGGAAGGCAAGGACUCUUUCAAGAGGAUCUUUUCCAAAGAAAUUAUAGUUUACGAUGAGAAUACCAAUGAGCCGAGCCGAGUGGUACCCUCCCAGCCACUCCACAUAGUCCUCGAGUCUCUGAAGAGAGAAGGCAAAGAACCUCUGGUGUUGAAAGGUGGACUUAGCAGUUUUAAGCAGAACCAUGAAAACCUCUGUGACAACUCCCUCCAGCUCCAAGAGUGCCGGGAGGUGGGGGGCGGCGCGUCUGCGGCCUCGAGCAUGCUACCUCAGUCCAUCCCCAGCACCCCCGACAUCGAGAACGCCGAGCUGACGCCCAUCUUGCCCUUCCUGUUCCUUGGCAACGAGCAGGACGCUCAGGACCUGGACACGAUGCAGCGGCUGAACAUCGGCUACGUCAUCAACGUCACCACCCACCUGCCCCUCUACCACUACGAGAAAGGCCUGUUCAACUACAAGCGGCUGCCGGCCACCGACAGCAACAAGCAGAACCUGCGGCAGUACUUUGAAGAGGCUUUUGAGUUCAUCGAGGAAGCUCACCAGUGUGGGAAGGGGCUGCUCAUCCACUGUCAGGCGGGGGUGUCCCGCUCUGCCACCAUCGUCAUUGCUUACUUGAUGAAGCACACGCGGAUGACCAUGACUGAUGCUUAUAAAUUUGUCAAAGGCAAACGACCAAUUAUUUCCCCAAACCUUAACUUCAUGGGGCAGUUGCUGGAGUUUGAGGAAGACCUGAACAACGGUGUGACACCGCGAAUCCUUACACCAAAGCUGAUGGGUGUGGAGACAGUUGUGUGACCAUAGUCUGGCUGGAAAGGAUGACUGUUCUCCAUUAGGAGAUGAAGAGGAAGGAAUAUGGAUUCUUUCUUUUCUUUUUUCUCUUUUUUUUUUUUUUAGAUGGGGGUAAAGUUUGUGAAUGGAAGCAAACUUGUUUAAAAACUUUAUUUUUAACCAGUGUGAGAAGAAUUUAACUUUUGAUGCCAUUGAGAUUUACUUCCCACCAACUGACAAAGCAGGGAGUCUAAAGAAAUAAUUUUUUUAAGCCAACAAUAAAAAUAUCAUAAAACCUG